GAGUGAUGGCUACCCAGAUAGACACAAAUCCUAGCCAGCCCCAGCACAUGGGAGGUGAUGGAGGAGGACGUGUUGUUCGUGCCCAGAGAAACACAAACCUUCUCCAGCCAGCCGUGCUGCAGCGCAAAGGAGGAUCUGCAGGAGGACGGGGUGCUCCCGCAGCUGUUGUGCAGCCUCCUGUGCUCACAAAGAGCUCCUCAGGUGGCAGCUGCAAUGGAGGAGGACUCUCUGGUGCCUCCGGGGUUGGAGCAGCAGGCAAGAAAGGCGCAGCGUCCUUGCAGAAAGCGAGCUCUGCGUUAAGCGGUGCAAACCCGGCUGAUGAGCACAGAGAUGGACAGCAGAGACUUGCUGACUGGGUAGCAGAAGACAUGGCAACCUGGGAAUCUUCUGGACAGUGGAUGUUUUCGUGUUACUGUCCUGAGAAGGGCAAGCCUAAUGUUUCAGGCUUUCCAGAGAUCUCCCCUGAGGAGCUGUGCCUGGGGUAUGACACCUGCAGUGCCAAGGAGGGCACAGGACUCUACAUACACGCUGUCCAUCAGUAUGUGCAACAAUGGAGAACCAGGCUGCAGGAGCUGAAGGCUUUAAAUGCCUGGAGAACAGCAUCGAUGCUACUUUGGAGAGAGAAAGCGGUCACUCCACCAUUACCUUCUCUUGGACUGGGAGGACAGCAAGCACCAAGCCCUGGGUUCCCAAGCUCUCCAGCCAACAGCAGCGGUGCUGCCCGCUUGUCCUUGCAAAUCCCAGCAUCUCAUCUGGAAGCGCUCCAGCUGUGGGGAGCUCUGCUGCUGCCUCCAGUCCUCCUGCCCUCGGGGUGA